AACAUAUUCGACUUACUGUAGCCAAGCUGGCCUCACAUCAUGGCAGCGCGCAAGCUACAAACGGAAAUCGACCGUACACUAAAGAAGGUCGCGGAGGGCGUCGAGCUCUUCGAGAGCAUCUACGAAAAGAUGCAGAACUCGACCAACCAGACACAGAAGGAGAAACUGGAGAUGGACUUGAAGACUCAGAUUAAACGAUUGCAACGGCUACGUGACCAGAUCAAGACGUGGGCAGCAAGCAAUGACAUCAAGGACAAGUCGGCGCUGCUCGAGAAUAGGAGGUUAAUCGAGACACAAAUGGAGAAGUUUAAGGCAUGCGAAAAGGAGAUGAAAACAAAAGCGUUCUCCAAAGAGGGUCUUAUUCAAUCUGCUAAGCUCGAUCCCAAGGCUCAGGAGAAGCUUGACACGGCUUCGUGGGUACGGGAGCAGGUGGAAGCGCUGCAACAACAAGUGGAGCAUACGGAGGCGGAGAUCGAGGCCGCACAGAUGGCUGGUGGGAAGAAGAAGGGUAAGUCUGGAGGGCAGACGGCGGAGCGGGUGGAGGAGAUGGAGAAGCUGAAUGAGCGCCGGAGGUGGCAUACAAGCCGGCUGGAGAUCAUCCUGCGGUUAUUGGACAACGGGAGCUUGCCGGUGGAGAAAAUAACGGCACUGAAGGAUGAUGUGCAAUACUUCGUCGAGAGUAAUGCGGAGGAAGAUUUUGAAGAGGAUGAGGGAAUCUACGACGACCUAAAUCUCGACGAAGAGGAAGAGAAGUUUGGUAUCGCUGCGGACGAGUCCUCGAGUGACGAAUCCGAAGAGGCCAGCGAAGACUUACCACCACGAACACCAAAUAAGAAACAACAGCACGAGGACGACAGCUCGAGUAAACGUGAUGGCAGCCCGGUACUCAAGAAGGGCAACAACGUCACAUUACAACUACGGAAGCCAUCAUCAGCAGCAGAUUCGGCACCGAAACCUCCGCCAAAUCCAAAUUUUGCACAACAGCCAAUGUCGAGCAUCCUCAAGGCUGGGCUACCUCCAGCACCUCGACAACCCGCACAGCUACCCCCAAUACGUUAUGCGGCGGCGGCAGCAGCAGCAGUAAAUCCACCAUCGUCUACAAGUGCAACCCCAUCGGUUUCCUCACCAUCCCAGGCCCCCGCGUCCACAAAUGCCACUACUCCUCCCUCGUCGUCAGCACUGUCACCACCACAACCGACGGCAUCACAGGAUCAUGCGGCCACGUCGUCACCGAGCUUGACGCAUCCUUCUGUGACGAGUCCAAUGCUCAGCUCUGCUUCUGUUUCUGCGCUGCAGCAGGACGGGUCGUCGUAUUACUCGCACCACGAUUCGCCAGCAUUGUCAGAAGCCGUGUCUGGAUCGCUGGCGCCGACGUCAUCGUCGCCACAAAGAUCGGCAUCCCGAAGUGUGUCGAUAUCUUCGCCAAUUGUCGACUCUGCAUCACCAGCACAGCCGCAGGCGGCGUCCAACGACUCGCAAAAACCACCCGCAGCCGCCGAGCAGCCGCCAGCACCCUCGCCGCCCGCGCCAGCACCCGCGCCCUCGCAGCAGCAGCAGCAGCAGGCGCUCCCCGUCCCGAUUGGCGCGCCGACGGCGCCGUCGCCGCUGCCGCAGCAGGUGCAGCAGUACCCGCAGUACCCGCCGGGGGUGAAGGUGCCGGAGCAGCAGCAGAUGCCGAUGCAGGCGGUGGGCGCGCAGCGGCCGCCGUCGACGCAGCAGCGCGGGUCGGUGCCGCCGCAGAUGCAGCAGGCGCGCACGGCGUUCCCGGGCUCGCUGAGCGAUCUGGUGGUGUCGUUUGAGAAUGUGAAGCAGAAGGCGGUGCACCGGAUGGGGAACCUUGACCAGGUGAAUAAGCUGCUCGAGGGGAGUUAUUCGAGUAUGCCGCAGCCGCAGGAUACGGAGAAGCCGAAGUACUACGUCCCGCGGAACUACUUCCCGACGCCGAGCUACUACCCGCAGCAGCCGAGCCCGAUCCUGAGCACGGCGGGCCUGUUCGCGCAGCUGGACGUGGAGACGCUGUUCUACGUGUUCUACUACCACCCGGGGACGUACCUGCAGUACCUGGCGGCGAAGGAGCUGAAGCGGCAGUCGUGGCGGUUCCACGUGAAGUACCUGACGUGGUUCCAGCGGCACUCGGAGCCGCAGGCGAUCACGGAGGAGUACGAGCAGGGGGUGUAUGUGUACUUUGACUGGGAGGGGAGCUGGUGUCAGCGGAAGAAGAGCGAUUUUAGGUUCGAGUAUCGGUAUUUGAGCGAGGAUUGA